UUCACUUCCUUCAUUUGCCUUUCAAGAACCACUUGAAAAGCCCAGCAAACUUUUUAAAAGUUCCCAUUUUCCAGUCAUCAAGCUCACUGCCAGAACUCUGCAGAACUGAGGCAAUUAAGACCAUGGAGGAAGACCAUAUUCUUCUCCCACCAUCUCAACCACAAGCAAGAAGUUCUUGCAGCCGUGGGACUGCCUACACUGUCUUUUCUCUCCUGGGGGCCUUGCUCCUCGCUGGCCAGGCUGUGACUGUCUACUUUGUGUAUCAACAUGACAACCAGAUCAACAAACUGACCAAGAACACCCAGCAACUGAAACUGGACUCCCUGACUGGCAGCAUCUCUAAAAAUGUCCGGUCAGGUCCAAAGAUGGCAAUAGCUAAUGUGAUGCCUUUGGCCCUGAAUGAACCAGAGUUUUUGCAGAUGGAAAACAAGCUGACUAACAGCACUGAGGAUCAAGUCAAACGUCUGCUCUUGCGAGAAAACCCAACCAGAACUUUUCCUGAAUUAAAAAGCAACUUCCUGGAAAAUAUGUGGCAGCUGAAGAUCCGCAUGGCUUACAAUGAUUGGAAAGAGUUUGAAACCUGGAUACACAAGUGGCUGAUCUUCCAAAUGGCCCAAAAACAGAAUACAAAAGGGAAAACCAAGUGUCAGAAGGAAGAGUGUGUUAAGGGUGUCCAUCCAGGAAGAUUCUGUGCCCAUUGUGAUGAAAAGGGGAACUAUCUGCCUAUGCAGUGCCUUCCCAGCAGUGGCUAUUGCUGGUGUGUCUACAAAAAUGGCACAAAGAUUGAGGGCUCUUCAAUCCUUGGACGUCCAGACUGUGAUGGAAUAGCUCAUCCCACUGAACCAGUCCACCCUACUCACCACAGCCCUGAAACAAAAACCCCCCAAGGAGGCAUUUUGGAUCCUGAGAAUGUGACCUAUUCUGGAGAUCAAAACUGAUGGCUCUCUUCAGAAAAUAUGAAACAAGGAGGCCAGCUCAUCAGCCUAAGAAAGCCAAAUUAUCUUCAGCUUGUUUUACUUUUGCUCUGCUUGGAUGUUGGAUUUCCUGAAUUACAGUAGUAGCAACCGCUUUUAGAUUUAUCAGUUUAAGAAUUAUCCUUAAAUGGAAAGGAAGGAAGGGUGAAAAGUAGCUUAAUUAUUACUGAGUGCAGUGCUGAGUGGAGAAUUAUACUUUUAGAAAAGUGACUUAUGCUUAUCCAAGACUUUAACACACAAGCAAGAAAUUUAGAUGUUUCCCUGUAUAAUCAUGUUCCCCCCCACCAAAUUUUAAUGGUUAAUCGGUUGAGAAGUUCAUUCGCUGCAAAUAUUUCAUCAUCAAUCCUGUCCCAUAGUUCCAUUUGCCAUCAAACAGGAAUUUAAAACAUGGCAAAGAUGACAUUUCUCCAAAAUGCUUUCUUUGCAAGAUUUAUUUCCCUCAGAUUGCCUCUCUUGAUUUCACAAAGCCCACCUAUUCAUAUUAUUUACCAUUUAUAUGAUUAGAACAAAACCACUAAAAAAACUUUCCUGAACAGAUCCCCACCAGAUGCAUUGAGAUUACCAAGGUCAGAACCCUGGGCCAGCAUGUAGGACAAUGUUUCUUAACCUUGGCAAUCUAAGACGGUUGGGGUCAACUGAGCCAAUGAAUUGAAGUCCACGCAUCUUAAGAAUUGCUAAGGUUGAGAAACACUGCUCUAGGAAUUUUGAAGGUUGCAGUUACACAAUACAUUUUAUAGAUGCUAGGAUGGGGAAUAUGCUUUACAUGGAAGGAGACAUCCUUACUCCAGAAAGGCCAGCCUUUCUAACUGGGUGGCAUAGAUAGCUUAUUUUUCCCCCAAGAAAAGCUUAGUAGAGUAUUAAACUUUGAUCUGUGUGUAUGCAUGCCUUCUUUUGUAGUAUUUUUAACAUAAGAAUCUUUAGAAUUGUUAUUGAGCAAGUUAGAUAAGCAAAGAAGUUUUUAAAACACUUCCAAUUGAUAGGCUCUCAAGUUUAUACACCAAUCCUAGUCUAUGUUCUGUUAAUGAUAUACACUGAAUAUAUAAUCACUGAUAACAAACUAAGAUGAUUUUAAUUAUAAGCUUCUGCAAAAUAAAAAAGUAACCAACUAAUGAA